AUGUCAGCAACAAGUAAGGCAAGAGUAUUGGAACUUAUUGAUUCCUGUUGUCAAAACGCAAAAAGUGGACAACUAAAAUCUUUCUCAUUCGUUAUUGGAGCAGCAAAUGGUACGACAAAAGAAAUCAAAAGAACUUCCAUUCAGAAACAAUGUGAAUUUCUAGAGAAGUUACGACAACAAAAAAUAAGAAGCGGGAAAAUUAGUAUAUUGUCUAUGGAUGCUGGUGUUACUAAUUUUGCUUUCUCUAAAAUACAAUUGUCCAAUAACAAUCCCCUACCCAAGAUGCUAGAUUGGCAAAAGCUAAAUCUAGAAGAGAAAUUUUUGCAGAAUCUCAAAAAGCUGAGUCUGAAUCCUGCUGAAACCUCCCAGCUUGUAUUCGAUCUGACAGAGUAUUUAUUUGAGUCUGAUCCGAUACCUGAUAUGUUCACAAUCGAACGACAACGUGCCAGAACCAUGUCUUCAAGGCAUAUACUAGAGCCAAUUUUGAAAGUAAAUAUUCUCGAACAGAUCCUCUUCUCCAAUCUUGAAAAUAAAAUGAGGUAUGCGAAUAAUACACAGAAUGCUUCUGAGCUACGCUACAUGGUACGCUCGUCUGAUCCGCAUCGAAUGACCUCAUAUUGGUGUAUUCCUAAAGAAGAAACAUCAACCAGUUCGAAAAAGUCGAAAUCUAACAAACAUAGCAAAGAUUCGAGGAUAAAGCUAGUCAAGGAAAUAAUUUCCAGCUCGAUACUUAAUGACGCUUCGAAGAGAUUCACUAAAUCGGUUGAGUUUUCAGAUAUUUGGGGAAACAGGAUACGAAGUGCACUCACCAAAAAAAAAAGUUUCAAGUUAUGUGAUAUUUUAGAAAUUCAAGAUGGCUCAGGGGUAAAAAAGGAUGACGAUUUGGCUGAUUCGUUUCUCCAUUCGUUAUCGUGGAUAGAGUGGAUAAAAAAUUAUGAAAGCAUUGCUGAACUUUUGAAUUCAACAUCACUUUCUAAAGUGCAGUGUCAAGAAGUCUUCGAAUUCUGUGAAAGUAAAAUACAUGACCUAGAGAAUUUACAGAAUGCCUACAAAUCUAACUAG